GCCUUGUGAAAAAGGCAUCAAUCUGCAUAGAAAUAAAGUGUUUGGGUAUUUAGGAUCGUGACCUUGCCUGUCUCUGUGUGUCUGAGAACGUCCUGUGUUUGUUUUCAAGAACAAGCCCUUUCUGCUGGCCCAGGUGAGGCUGAGCAGUGACUCAGUCACUGCUGCCACGUCCCCACCUGGGAAGGACCAGUCCUGCUGUGGUGUGCCCUUUGCUGGCUGGAGGGAGAUGGGGCUUGCUGAGGCACAAAUUUCACUUUAAAUGUUGCUUUUCAAUAAGUAAAGGGUUCCCUGGAGGUUUUGGAGCAGAAAGGAGCUUUUCUCACAAGGAGCUGGCUCAUUCAUCACAGGGCCCUGUGAGGAAUGGCCACUCUGGCAAAGGUAGCAAGGGUUCAACUGAGAACUCCUGUGUGACUGAACCUGUAACUGUUGUUCUUUAUAUUCCAGCUGCUCCUUGCAAAGCAGCCUGUUUUGAUAAGUAAAGACUUUUUUGCAGAGUGUCUGUUUUUACCACAGUCUGAUGGUCCAUAUGCUAAAGAGGACAAACUAGCUGAGAUACCAUCUGAAAGUGGGAAUAAUCACGGGGAUGCUGUCAUGUGCUGCUGGGGGAGGGUUCUGAGCUGUGGGAGAACACUUCGAGUUUACUAUUUGUUUUUCAGAAGAGGAGAAUAAACACAGCCUGAGCAGAUUGCACCAAAGCCUGACUUAGGAGCAGUGCUGAGUGAGAGUUUUCCUUGCACUGUUCAAAAUGCUGGAUUAAGCUCAGAAAAGUCAUUAGACAAACAUCUGAAGUAGAGCAGAUCUAUAGAAAGUCCUAAAUUGGUAAAACUACCAGUAGAUUAAUUGGUCCAAUUUCAAAAUAUGCCUUACUUGAAUGAAUAAAGAAGAUAUUUUAUUAGACAGCUGUGCAUUUGGCAGUUUUUAAUUUGUUCUCUUGGGGAAAUCUGUCUCUCCUGCUCUGCUGCUGGAUGGUUUCUGUGAUCCUCUACCACUAGAUGUUGCUGUGUGAGUGAUUGAUGUAAUCUUAUCUGAUGCUGGAUGGAUUCAUCCCUGAAGAAAAGGAGGAGAUACCACUGAAACAGCAUUUCUGCCUGUUCUGAAAUUUGUAUUCUGAGACUUUUGGCCUGAGACAUUUUUAGAGUUUAUUGGCUCUGUUACAUUAGUCAUAAAGGUUGUGUCUCUCUUGAAUACCCAGCAGUGUGCUGAUUAUUGUUCCAAAUUUGGCAGGGUUUUCUCUUCAGGUGUGUCUGUAGAGCUGCUGGUCUCAGCAGAGAGGAAAAAAGGCAACAAAAUGUAACUUGGCCAAAAACGGUUUUGCAGCAGCUCUGUUCUAUAGCAUCUGUGGCUUUUCAUUCAAUGAAAGAUAUCAGGGGAAGAAAAUUUCUAUACAUACCAGCAUGAGGAAAAAUCAAUUUUCAGGGGAAAUUCUUGCCUUUGGCUGUUUUUUAAGCGUUCACCUUGUUGGUGAAGGAUUACUCACCUCCUUGGGGGUUUGCUGUGUUUAUUCUGCACAGAAGUCGACAAAUAGAAAAGCUCCAUCAGGGUGAACUGAAGUUAUCCUAAGGAAAAUUUUCAUUGCAUGGAUAGUGUAAACUCCCUGAGACUGAAGUAAAGCUGGAAAGGAAUCUACAAGUGAAUAAAACAAGAAGUUUGGAAUUGGAUUUGGGGAAUCUGGGCUUGGAAAUGCCUCAGCCCAGUGUGAGUGGAAUGGACCCUCCUUUUGGGGAUGCCUUUCGGAGCCACCUGUUUUCAGAGCAGACUCUGAUGAGCACGGAUGUCCUGACGAGCAGCUCGGAUCCAGACUUCAUGUAUGAACUGGACAGAGAAAUGGACUAUCAGCAAAGCUCCAGGGACAACUUGCUUUUCAUGGAGGACUGCAAAGACCUUGAGAACCUGGAGUCUUUUACAGACAUCCUGGACAAAGAAGCUGCUUUCACUUCCAAGUGGGAGCAGUGGGAUACCUACUGUGAAGACCUAACCAAGUACACUAAAUUAACCAGCUGUGACAUCUGGGGGACAAAAGAGGUGGAUUACCUGGGCCUUGAUGACUUUUCAAGCCCAUACCAGGAUGAAGAGGUGAUAAGCAAAACACCCACACUGGCUCAGCUGAACAGCGAGGACUCCCAGCCUGUCUCAGAUUCACUCUAUUACCCUGAUUUGCUCUUUAGUGUAAAACAAAACCCUUUAAAUCCUUUGUUACCUGGCAAAAAGAUGGCGAGCAGAGCCGCGGCGCCGGUCUGCUCCUCCAAGAACGUGCAGGCCGAGGCCGCGCUGUCGGACUGUGCCCAGAAGGCCAGCAAGCCUGGCAGCCAGCCUGCUUCCAGCACACAGAUCAUGGUCAAGACCAGCGUGUACAGCAGUGAGAAGGUGAACAUUCACGUUGAAUGUAAAGACUAUGUUAAAAAGGCAAAAGUAAAGAUCAACCCCUUGCCGCAGAGCAGGCCGGUGCUGAGCCAGGCGCACGCCGACGCGGCCAAGGAAAACACCUGCUACUGUGGGGCUGUGGCAAAGAGACAAGAGAGAAAAGGACUCGAGUCCCCCCAUGGUCACAGUACAAAUCCUGGGCUGCCUUUCAAAGAGACUCAAGAGCUGCUGCUCAGCCCUCCCCAGGAGAGCCCCGGGCUGGCCGUGGGGGAGAGCAGCCUUUCCGCCAGCGCGUCCGUGUCCGACUCCUCGCAGAAGAAAGAAGAGCACAAUUAUUCUCUUUUUGUAACAGACACUUUGGGUGAGCAGUCGGCCAAAGCAGACCCUGAGGAAGAGGAGGAGGAUGAGGAUGAUGUUGAAGAUGAGGACCACGAUGAGGGGUUUGGCAGUGAGCACGAGCUGUCUGAAAACGACGACGAGGAGGAAGAUUACGAGGACGAUAAGGACGACGACAUCAGCGACACCUUCUCAGAACCAGGGUAUGAGAACGAUUCUGUGGAGGAUUUAAAAGAAAUGACUGCAAUAUCCUCUCGGAAAAGAGGCAAGAGAAGAUAUUUCUGGGAGUACAGCGAGCAGCUGAUGCCGUCCCAGCAGGAGAGGAUGCUGAGGCCAUCCGAGUGGAGCAGGGACACCCUGCCCAGCAACAUGUACCAGAAGAAUGGGCUCCACCAUGGAAAAUAUGCAGCCAAGAAGUCACGGAGGACUGAUGUAGAGGACCUGACUCCCAACCCCAGAAAACUCCUCCAGAUUGGUAACGAGCUGAGGAAGCUGAAUAAAGUGAUCAGUGACCUGACACCCGUCAGUGAACUGCCCUUAACUGCCAGACCCAGGUCAAGGAAAGAAAAGAACAAGUUGGCUUCCAGGGCUUGUAGACUAAAAAAGAAAGCCCAGUACGAAGCCAAUAAAGUAAAACUCUGGGGUCUCAACACGGAAUAUGAUAAUUUACUCUUUGUCAUCAACUCCAUUAAACAAGAAAUAGUUAAUCGGGUGCAGGUACCUAAAGAUGACAGAGGAAUCAACAUGGAACAAAAGUUGAACAUACUUAUUAAAGACACUCUUGGACUCCCUGUAGCUGGACAGACAUCGGAGUUUGUGAACCAGGUGCUGGAGAAGACGGCAGAGGGAGACCCCACGGGCGGCCUCGUGGGGCUGCGGAUCCCCACGGCCAAGGUUUAGGACGGGGCUGCAGCUGCUCCUGCCCAGGUUCUGCCCCUGCUGUCGAGUUCCUCGUUGUAAAUGGCAAUUCUGGUCUGCAUGUCAGCUUUUAGCAUUCUGUAAACACUCACCUCUAGGUUCCAUUGGUUUCAAGUAACAGUGUAGGAAAACGAAUCACGGCGUGGUAGAAAAUGCUGCAGAGCAUUUUUGGACCAUAAACCAGAUUGUUUCAAAGCUGCUUUAAGCUCAAGGGCAGAAAUGAGAGUUCUCUUUCAAAUGAUCUAGGACCAGAAUAUAUCACUUGUAUUUUAGAAGCAAAACCAUGGGUUUGCUAAUGAAAAUGUUUUAGCAUUUGCCAGACAUUGUGACAGGUUUAUGGUCCAAGUGAAGUAAGAGGAAGCAUUUUUUUGGUGAAGCUGUCAGUGUAGGGAGUUUUUUGUUCUUUUUUUUAUUUUUAAAUAAUUGGAUUUUCUUUCCUCGUUCUUAAAAAUACCCAGUAAGCUUUCUUUGCAACCAUUAACUUGUACAUAGCACACGCAGCAUUAGAGCUAGUGUGCCAUAUAAAAUUUUAAUUUUCUGAGCUUAAUAGAGUAUUUAAAUGUCUGUGCAAGCAAGAGAAAAAAAAAGUAUAUUCUUUGUGCCUUGUAUUUUGUGGGGAGAGCUAUCAGUAUAAGCUGGUAAAGUUUUGUAUGAAGAAAACCCUGAGGGGCAAAACCGAGCUGUAUAGAUGGUGAGAUUUUAGGUUUUAAUGUAUUUGUUCCAGCUCUUAAAAAUUUUUGAAUGUAUAUAGGAAUAUGUUGAAAAAUGUAGAUAUAUGCCACAGAGUCUAUGUAUUGUAUAAAAGAUGGCUCUAGAAAACUCAAUUUCGGUACUUUGGCCGGAAGAAAACAAAUACUUGCACAUUAAUGCGAUUGUUUAUUUUUGUACCAAAGACAAAUGCAACUGAUAUGGCGAACUGCCAGUCUAAGUAAAGUUUUGCACAGCUUAUAUGAUACUGUACUGAAUGUAAAAACAAAAGAAAAAAAGAAAAAAAAUUAAAGGUCAGGGUUAGGGAUCUUACUGAACUGUGAAUUUUUUUGUUUGGGUCCAAUUAUCUACAGAAGGAGCAUUCAUACAUAACAAUAUUAUUUUGCUGUUCUUGUAGUUCGCUUCCAUGGUAGAUAAGUUGGUGGCCGUCUUGGAGUCUUUAAAUCUUUUUUCUCUGCACUUACUGUAGGAGAUUUUAAUAUAUUUGGAUUUUAGUAAGCUAUUGGUAAAAUAGUUUUCGACUUUGAGAAUUUAAAAAAAAAAAAAAGUAUUUAGCUUGUUGUAGUAUACUUCCACCAAACAACCAAAAUAAAAUUAUUUUUAUUGUAACGUGUAUAUAUGUAAAGAAGAAAAAAAAAAAAGAGCUACAAAUAUCUAAUUCCUUAGUUGCCACUUUUCCAGUUGAUGUAUUAUUAUUAUGCAUGUGAUGUUUCCAAGGAUCAACACAGGCUUCAAACAAAACAAAACAAAAAAAAUUUAUAGACUUUUAUAUUUUUGUACAGGUAUUUCGAAACUAGCUUCUUCAGACUUAUAUGUGACUUAUUCUUGUUAAUUCAGUAGUUUCUAUGAUUGAAGAAUAUUAACACAAAGUUCUUAUUUGCUCUUCUGCUAAUAAGAGUUGGCUUUGUAGUCAGUGUUAACGUACAGAUUAAAAGCUUUAGCCUUUGAUGAGAAAGUCCUUUAUCUCAAGGCAAGAUCAUUCUCUGGUUUCAUGGACCCCCCUCUCCUUUUCCUCCCUGUUCUUUCUCUCCCUAUUUAAAGAUGACAAAACACUGUUUACUGAAAAUAGAAAUACCAAAUAUUUUCAAAUGUAGCUGCUGAAAAAAAAAUGCAAAAGUCCAUGAAGGCUUUCUCCCCACUCCCUUUGGGGAAUUUCUCCACUUUGUUUCUAGUUUGUCUGAGUUUGUUUGUACUGUGAUUCCUUUUUGUUUAUAAGUAGAUUAUUUUUAUAUCCAAGCUUGUACUAUUAAGAGAAAAAAACAUGAAUUGGUAACAGUGCAGGAAAAGUGGCCCGUGAAGGUGGUGGCCCUGCCACACUCACAGCUUCCUUUGUACCUAAAUAUUUUGGAAGACUCAAAAGGGAGGAGGAGGCCAAAAUACCACUACUGAGCUGUACAGAAAGUCUUUCCUACAGGAGACUGAACAAAUACCCAGGGCAAUUUAGGCAAAACUCUGUAAAUCCACUUAAGGCUUGCAAAAUCAGAGUGGAAUGUGGGUGUUUUCCUUUGAGGCUUUGUGUUGUUGUUGUUGUUGUUUGGGUGAGGUGAGAAUUGGCUGCUGCUUUCCACGGUGGGUCUGGUGUAUUCCUCUUGUUCUUGUGGAGCUGCCCAGGACCCCAAAAACCCCGACAGAGAAUGUGUCCUGUGAGGUGCAGGCUGUGCCCGGGCAGGGCUGGCACACAGAGCUUGUCCCUGUGCUCCAUCCGAACCCUGCAGGCGAGGCAGAGCCUCUGAACAUUGAGAGAGAACAGUCUGAAAUCAGGUAGAAACUUCUGUGACAAAUUCAACUGACAAGGUAUUUAAAAGCCCCCCACCCCCCUUUUUUUUUUUUUUCAAUGCCUGGCGAUCCUGGGCAACACACAACUUUAUAGCUUUUUAUUUUUGUCUGAAAACCAGACUAUGAUUUUGGUCUCGCAUUUCAAAGUAGACUUUGAAUCUUUAGUGAGUUCCAUACCCUCGCAUUUCAGUGUUUCCUAUGUAUUAUUUUAAGUUAAAGCUUUGAAAUAGUUGAGCUUUUUAAUGUUGACACUUUAUUUUGUAACUAUUUAUAUGUAUGUAUAUCUUAGAAAAGCACUUUGUUUAAAAAAAAAAAAAAGACGAAAAAGAAAAAAAAAAAAAGAAACUGCGUUUUAUAUGAUUCCUGCCACUUGCUGCUAACUCUGGGCUGGUCAGAAUGCUGCAGCGAUACUUGAGAUAAAUAAAACCUGGCAGUAAAAUGUAGAGUAAAGAUAAGACCUUUUGGUGGUUUAACUUUAUCAUAAAGGUGACAUAGGCAAGCUGUGCAGCUUUACAUUUUAACCAGGGGACUCUGUGGCAUUUAAACCGUCUAGAAAUGGUUGUACUUUAAUGCCAGUAACAAUCUGCUUCCUCUAGUGUCAUUAAAAUAUAUACAUUUAGUGUAUACUUAUCACAAACAAAAAUCUUAUAAGGGUAUAAAAACCAACAAAUGUACAUGUUCUGUUCUUUGGCAAUUGUGGCAUGCGUUUUGGGGUGAUCUUUAGAGAAGACCAUUUUCUAAAGAUGUUCAGUGUUCAUACAUAGUAUGUGGAUCUUUACAAAGUCCUGGUUUGUUUGUUUUUUUUUUGUUUGUUUGUUUUUGAGUGUAGGCAUUGUGAAUAUUCACUUUUAAUCCUAUAUCCAAAAACAAUGAUCUAUUUUUUUGAUUUAAUACAACCAGAAGCUCUUCCUUUUUCUGAUACACUGGAUUCUCUAGGAUUUGUUUCCAUAUUAAAAGCAUGCUGUCAUAACUGCUCUUGUCGAGAUCUCGUCAGUCUGAACGUAGGUGCCACACUUGGAAUCGAUGGGCUGCUUGUUCUGCUGUACCAUGUAUGACCCUCGUCCUUCCCCCCUCCCUUCAUGACAGAUGAUGAUGUGGCUUUAUAUUGUGCCUUACUUGUACAUCUAGAAUUAAGUGUUUUUCAUUCCCUCUGAACUCGUCAAAGCUCCUGAGAUGGAAUCAGAGCUGAUGAAAGCGUGCUGGAGCGAGUGUGGAUAGGGCUGAUUUCAGUUUCUCUCAGUAGUCCUUUUGUAUUUCUAUGGAAGACCAGUUUUUGAAUGGCCUUGCAAAAUGUGGGGGUGCUCCUGAAGGGUGUUUUUAAACCCAAAACCCCUUUUGCUAACGCUUCCUUUUAUGGUUUAUUGAACACAUUUACUGAUACUUGGUGAGUACUUUUUGUUUUUUGGGAUGAGAGAGACUCACUACUAAAGCUAUGUUUACGUGUGGAUGGGCUGGCUUUUCUUAUCAUACCAGUUGAAAUCAUUGUGAUAUAAUAAAAUUGCAUUGCUGUAAAGCUGAUGUGAGAGUCAGGUUCAGCUGUGUUCAGAUCCUAAUUUAUAGAUUGACCUUUUUUCCAUACCAAGAGGGCCGGAGAAAAGUUGGGGUUUUUAAAAAAAGCCAACAAACGAAAAAUCAACCUAAAAUGGAUGGAAGGGUCUUUUAACUAACCUAAAAGCAAACAGACACUUUGGAAAUAUAGAGGUGUCAGCUUAAAAUUUAUUUUUAAAAGACACUCCCCCAGUAUUUAUCUAAUAUUUGCCUUCAAUAAUGAAACAGCUUAUUCACAACUAUAAUGACUGGAUGUGCUUUUCCAUAAAUCAUUUAAACAUAGCUUUUUUUUUUUUUUUUUAAGCUCUAAAAGGUUUUAUCAGGAGAAUUUCCAAGGGUUGUAUCCAAUCUGCCUCCAGCAGAAAUAGCAAAUGCAGUUCUGUUCCUCAAACGUGCUUGCUCGUCUUCCUGAAAUUCUGCUGAGGCACAACCCAGUUCUGGACCGUGAAUGUCAGGAUCUGUAUUUGGCCUUGAGACCUGAGUUUCAAGAGUGCAUCUAAUCAUGAUUUGAAUUUCUUUUGGAGGCUUCAGUUGGAAUCACCUCGUGGAGUGUGCUGCUAGAUGUGGUCUUGGCUUGUUGACACAGCCUUGCACACAGCUGAGGUUUAUUUUGUUUACCCCAGGGAUCGUGUGAAGUACAUUUCAAACAGUUGCUGCCUCAGUGACUGAUCCUUCUUGUAACUGUAUUAAGGGCAUUAGUUUGUUGAGAAAGCACCACUCUUGAAUAUUUCCCAAUGUAAAUUGGGAUUCUUCAAUGUCAUUAAUCAAAGAUGGCACUUUCAGGCUGUAUCUUCUUUGCAGCAAACAAAAAUCUCUGUCUUUCUACAACUUGCAUUUCACAAUAUGCCGUGUUUUCCCUCCAGUGCUUCUAGAAGGUGUCUUUGCACUCUGAAUAUAAUCCUCAGCCUUUUAGACAUCCAUGAACUUCCACAGGAGCAAAUACUGACUCUGCAUUUAUUGUCUUUUUAAUGAGCUGUGGAGAUAAAAGUGGAACCAGAGCUCUUUUAAGUCACACUGGCAAUUUUUUGUUUCCCCCAUAAAAAGAAAUAAAACCCCAAAUUUUUUAGCUAAUACCGUUGUUCAGAGUUUUUCUGGAGUUUAAAAUAUUUCGUAGUUGGGUAUCCUUUAAAGUCAAAUUUGGGUGAUUUAACUAGCUCCUGUAAGGAAAACUUUUGGAUUGGAUUUGGUAUUGGGAAAAGCACAUCGCACUCUAUCAAAAUCUUCUGAUCAGGAAACAGAACCUAGUCAGAAAAUUUAAUUUUAAUCUCUCUUAUAAUGAUGGAUAUUCAUACAUUCUGAUUGGAAUUGCCUAUCUUCCUUGAAUAUAUCCAGGGAAAACUUACUGCUCAGUAUUUGUGGUUGGGUGAAUUCUUAAGGCUGAUGGCACAUACAGAUGCAAAAAAAAAAAAAAAAAAAAGGCAUUUUAAACAAAACAUGGCAUCCUGUUCCGCCUGUGCUUGGGGUCAUGAUUGUAAUGCUGUCCUUGAUAUUCUAUAAUCAACUUCCAACUGGAGCUCAGAAAAACUUACUGAAAGUCUUGUCUCUGUUAGAAAAUAAAUUUACCUUGUUCAAAGCAUGAUCUGUUAAGAGUUGCAAUGUUAAAUGUUGGUUAAUAGUUGUGCAGUUUUAUUUUUUUGAAAAGAGGCACAAUUAAACUAUUGACUUUGUUUACUCUGUCA